AUAUUAUUUUAAAUAACGGAAGAUAUGAGUUCUCUUUUAAGGCAUAAUUAGGAUGCAGCUGCCGUUCCUGCAUUAGCAAGUAUACCAAGUCCAUAAACUACAGAUUAUGAUUGGGUUUUGGUUUCUGGAUUUAUAGUAAUAUUGACUUAAGUUGGGUUUGCAUUUAUUGGAGCAGGAUCAGUCAGAUAUAAGAAUUCAUAAUCAGUAGUAAUCAAAGUCUUCUUGGGAUUAUUUUUAACUGUAUUGAUUUGGUGGUUGUUUGGCUAUGGCUUUUCUUUCGGAGAUGAUUUCUAAACUAAAUUCUUGGGAGGAACAAAAUUGGCAGGAGCAAAAUGGGAAGCAACAGCUUAUGGAAAUGAUUAUACAAACUUUGUAUUCCGAGCAUCAGGUGCAGCAGUAGGAACAGCAAUAUUGGCAGGAGCAGCAGCCGAAAGAAUGACAUUUUUGGGUUGGUCAAUCUUCUCUGUUUUAUAUUCUGGAUUUAUAUAUGCAGGAUUAACACAUUGGACAUUGGCAGCAGGAUGGUUGAGUACUCUUGGAUUUAAAGAUUUCUCAGGUGCAGGAGUUGUUUUCUUUGCUGCAGGUGUUGCAGGAUUGAUUUUGACAAUCCUUUUGAAACCCAGAUAAGCCAGAUUCGAUAAUGGAGCCACACUUGAUUUCAACAGACAUUCUCCAUUGUACAUUGGAUUUGGAUCAUUGUUGGUCUUGGCUGGAUGGCUUUUCUAUAAUGGAGGAGUUGUCAAUCAAGGAGCUAAAACUCAAUACACCUAAGGUUUAGUGGCUGUUAACACUUUGAUUGCUGGAGCCACCGGUGGAUUCUUCAGUUUUGUCAUCAGACAUUUCUAAUAUGGAACCUCAAACUUGGCAGCCUUGUCUAGAGGAGUUAUUUGUGGAUUGGUAGCAGUCAGUGCAGCUGCAGAUGACAUGAAGCCAUGGACAGCAUUCCUCUAUGGUGCUAUUGCUGCUUUGAUCUACAGCUUUUUGGCUAAAGUUAUGCCUGCUGCUCAUAUCGAUGACCCAGCUGAGGUUGUAUCAGUUUAUUUUGGUUCAGGAUUCAUUGGAAUCGUGUUAUCAGCAUUAUUCGACACAAAAGCAGGAGCAUUCUAUGGAUUCGGAGCUAAGUUAUUAGGCAAACAAUUCUUGGGAUUGUUGAUCAUCUUUGCAUGGGUGGCCUUCUUUACCUUGAUUAUCCUCCUAGCUUUCAAGGGCUUCGGUAUAUUGAGAAUUGAUGCUGAGACUGAGAACGUUGGUAUUGAUAAAGCUUUAUGUUUGGGUGAAGCCAUCGUGUUCGCUAACCAAGUAGAUGAAGUACCUCUUGUUUAAUAAACUGAAUUAGGAAAUCUUAGAUCAAGCUAAUUAGGAUCAGGAUUAAGAUCUGGAUUCAGAUGAAUCAAUUAGAUAAAUUAUAAAUUAGAACAUCUAUUUAUAAAUUUCAUCCUUC